CUCGAGAUCAGACGCUCUGGUCGCUUUCCGUUACGUCAACGUCAAAAGAAACGUAGCUCAUCACUUCUGGCACGUACGUUGGCAACCCGUCUCAUCCAUUCAUCUGCUUGACGCCAAUGAGGCUGUCGAUGCCGUCGCCGCCCGUCCGUCGAGCAAAGUGGGAGCCGUGUAGAAGGAAGAGCCAGUCGUCAGCCCUCCCCGAUGGUGCGGCUAAGCCCGAUCUCACGGCGAGGGUGCAUCGCACCGCUGCCAGGGGUGCCCUGUCGAGUGUUGGUGUGGAGUCGCUGACGUUCAGGCAACUUGUGCCUGCUGACAUGGAUGACAUCGCCAAACUGCACUGCGAAUGGUUCCCACUCAAGUAAGCUAGCAAGGGAGGCGAGGCGAGGCGAGGCGGACACGGCGAAUGAAAUGAAUGGUGUGGUGUGGUUGAUAUAUGUGAUGGUCUGUCUGUCUGAUUGUGUGGUGCUUUAGGUAUGACAAUCAGUUCUACGAAGGCAUCUGCAACGGAUACUACUUCGCGCUGGCCGCGGUCUACUACCCGCCCCGCCCCUCCCUGCCUUCCCCAACGCCCCCUCCCACACGCAGCCCACACACCUGCACACACACAUCGCUGCAGAUUGACGAGGCUGGCGGGUGCGGCGAUGACCCAUGCGCACACACGGCCAUGAAUGGCACGGACGAUCGCGCCACCAGUGCCACCGAGUGUGUGUCGGGGUGCCUUCCGCCGCUGCCGAGGAUAGGAUCGCCGCCUGGCUGCGUGAGGAACUCCGUUGCGAGAUGUCAGGGUAUGGCAGAUGUGGACGGGAGCGGGGGUGCCUCGGCCGAUGGUGGCGGGAGUGGGAGCGGUGGUCAGGAGGAGGUGUGUUGCGAUGAUGGUGGGGGUGAGGAGGAUGGGGAGGAUGGGGAGGGUGGUGAGCCUGUGAUUGUGGGGGUCAUCACGGUGUCCACGCACAAGAAACACAUACAUGACGACGUAAGCAUCCUCACUGGACAAGGGCAGCACAUGGGCAGCAAGCACAUGGGCAGGAGGGGCAUGAGUGUCAUUUGUUUUGGUGUGUGUGUUGGUGUGUCGUCGUCAAUCAGGAUGUGUCGACUGUGUUGGCAUGCGGCUGGCCGUGGGAGACUCAGAACCUCGCGUACAUCCUCACACUGGGUGUAGCUGACGAGUUCCGCCGCCGGGGUCUGGCCCGUGAGUUGAUUCUGCGGACACUGCAGCACUACCGGCAAUCGGAACCUGCCAUUAAGGUGAGGGAGGUGGUCACUGCCAGGCGAGUGGGCCCGGGAGGUGAUGUGUGUGGUGUGUGGGUGUCUGUCUGUCUCUUUGCAGGCGAUCUAUCUGCAUGUGGUGACGUACAACAAGGCCGCCAUCCGGCUUUACGAGAGCCUGCAGUUCCAGCAACUCAAACACAUACCCGUGAGCCAGCAAGGAAGGGCUCUGGUGGUCAUGUGUCAUGUGUAUCCCUCUCUCUCUCUCUCUCUCUCUCUGUGUGUGUGUGUGUGUGUGUGUGUGUUUGCAGGAGUUUUAUCAGCUGCUGGGUAAGAUGUACGACUCGUAUCUCUAUGCCUGCUACAUCAACGGCGGCAUGCCGCCCCUCGCGAGGAGGAUUUCCAACGCACUCUCAUCACUCACAGGUGAAUCAGCCAGCCAGCACCCACUGCCCUCAGGCAGGCAGGGAGGGGGGAUGGUCUCUGUAGCCGCCUGUGUGUGCAUCGUGUGUACGGGGCAGGGUGGUCUCUGCAGAUGCGGCGGACCAUCAGACGAUGCAAACACAGAGGUCGGUCGGUCGAUUGCGCAUGACAUGACCGGCCUGCCUCUGCAUCAUUCGCUCUCUGUCCGAUGUGAUUGAUGUGCCUGUCUGCAGACACAGGCUCCCGUCUCCUGCUGCCACAAACGAGUCACCCUCCAUCGAGCGAAUGAGCACUGCUGACCGUGACAAGCUCAGCGCCGGGCAAUCGCCCUGGUGGUGGUACUGGAAGCGGGAGCGGAAUCAGCGCCGAAGGAGGAGGGACGAGGUGGGCAGAGGGCGCGACGCGACCAGCCUCGCGAGGCUGAGGCUGCUGCGGGGGCAGACGUACGGGGGGCCGUGUGUUGCACACGAGAGGGAGAGGCGGAGUGUGACGGACUGAUCAAUAAGAGAUGGAAUGAUGGGUGGAUGGAUGGAUGAGGAUGCGUUGUGUAAGUUGUGGUGUAAUGCCGCUUGCCGUGGGUAGGUGGGUGUUGG